AUGUUGCCAUUUGGUGGGCCUCCUGGCUUCCCGCAUUUAAUCAACUUACCAUCCAAUCCACCGCAAGCGUCGCUGUUUCAGCAGCCCGUUUUGAUGCCUCCAAUUCGUGGAACUAAUCAUAGAACAAGGUUUAAUCAGAAUCAGAGAAUAAGUAAAAAUAAUUGUUUAGUGAUGGCAGUUAGUUCUGCGCCGCAAAUUCAUGUGCAGACGACAGUAAGUACUCCGCGACCCAUGCUGGUUGCUCCACAAGUUGCUGCUGAGAUUGCUGCAGCAAAUGCCAGUGCAGCUAGAACUCCAUCAAGUGCUACAGGAUCACCUGUUACGAGUGACGUGUGGUCUGAACAUACUGCGUCUGACGGUCGCGUUUAUUACUACAAUAAAAUUACUAAACAGUCGUCUUGGACAAAGCCAGAUGACCUUAAGAAUCCUGAGGAGAAGAAAGCUGCUGUUUCCCGAAUAUGGAGGGAAUACAAAACUGCAGAAGGGCGACCUUAUUACUACAACACCGAGACCAAGGAGACAACCUGGACGAGGCCAAAGGAAUUUGAGCCAGUUUCUAGUGCAUCUGCUUCAAAAGAAGAAAAGUCUAGUUCUUCGAAAGCCGAUUCUGCGGAUUCGAAAACCAAUGGAGAGUCGGAGCUUGAAAAAGCGAUGAUGGCCACUCUAAAGACCUUAGAGCAGGAGACGGUUUGUUCUUUCAUAAGCUUUUUUACACCAAUUUUUAAUGCAAAGGAAGAGGCUGAUGUAAAGACAGAAACUGCCGAAAAUCCUGAGGAGGUUGACGAGGAGAAGGAACUCAAAAAGAAACAAGCAGAAAAGUUUCGUGAAUUACUAAAGGAUAAAUACAACGAAGGAAAAAUCACUUCAACGAGUUCUUGGGAACAAGCGAUGAAGUAUAUUCAACAUGAUGCUAGGUUUAGGAUACUGAAUAAAGUCAGUGAAAAGAAGCAAGUAUUCAAUGCUUGGAAAGUUCAAAGGCAAAAGGAAGAAAGGGUGCGAGUUUUGAAUUUCAUAAUAGACAUACGCCCUUACGCUGUCUUCCCCGUAAAAAAUGCUUUUCACUGGCUGAUCUUCCUUCGGGAUGAAAGGCGUUUAGCAAUAAAGAAAGCAAAAGAAGAUUUAGAGGAGUGGUUACAAAACAAUCCUAGAGUUCGUACCACAAUGCGAUACUCAAGAGCUGAUGUUUUGUUUGCUGAAGAGCCGAUUUGGAGGGCGGUCCAUGAAAGCGAAAGAAAGGAGAUAUAUCGCGACACUAUGGUAUCAGUAGUCAUCGAUUUUUGUUUAUUAAAUUAUUACCCCGACACUUUAAUUUUGAAAUUAACUUGUAAAUUUUGGGAUCUUAUUGAAACGAGGGAAAAAGAGAACGCUGAUAAGAUGCGAAAGCGGAAUAUUAGGGCUUUGGCUGAUAUCUUGGAAGGCAUGGAAGAGAUCACAUACAAAACUACUUGGGCUCAAGCUCAGAGGCUUCUCAUAGAAAACCCAGCCUUUGCUAAUGACAGCACUCUUCAAAGGAUGGAUAAAGAGGAUGCCCUCAUUGUUUUUGAGGAUCAUAUCAGGACCGCUGAAAGAGAAUAUUUUAAAGAAAAGGAACUGGAGGAAAGGAGGAGAAGAAGGCAUGAAAGGAAAAUUCGAGAAGCAUUCCAGGCUUAUUUGCAUGAAUUGCACAAAAGAGGCGAGCUAACUUCUAUGUCACUCUGGAGUGAGCUCUAUCCUGUUGUCUCUGCUGACUCACGUUUUGACAAUAUGCUCACCCAAACCGGUAGUACUCCCCUUGACCUUUUCAAAUUUUAUGUUGAAGAUCUAAAGAGCCAGUUUGGUCAGGACCGUCGAACAAUUAAGGAAAUUUUAAAGGAAUUGAAUGUUACUGUAGAAGUCGGGACGACUUUCGAUCAGUUGCAGAAAUGGAUAUCUUCAGAUGAAAAAGGAAAAACUGUCGAUCCUGGGAAUUUGAAACUUUGUUAUAAUUCUUUUAUGGAGAAAGCAGAAGCGAAGGAAAAGGAACAAGAAAGGGAGGAAGCUCGGAAGCGAAGACGUCACGAGACCGCUUUUCGAAAUUUAUUGCGAAAUUUGGUUCCACCAGUUGAGCCGAAUUCACAGUGGUCAGUGAUUCGUCCAAAAAUUGAGAAUGAAGAGGCCUUUCUUGCAGUGGAAACAGAGCAACUUAGGGAGAAAUUUUUUGAUGAUUAUUUACAAAAUCUGGCUGAAGCUUGUGGCCAUCACCAUGGCACUGGGAAAAAAAGGAAAAAAGAUAAGAAGAAACGGAAUCACAGAGAUGAGGAGCUUUGUCUUUGUGUGAGGGGAACUUCUUAUUGUGGAGGUAUUCGUAUAACCAUUUUCGUUGCUAAGGAUAAAAUUAAAUUGAAGGACUCGGACUCUGAUAGCGAAAGCCGCUCUAAGAAGAAAAAAAAACAUCAUAAGUCAGAUGUUAGUGAUGAUGAAAAAGAAUCUGAGAAGAAACGGAAAAAGAAGUCGAAACGGCGGUCUCGUUCGCGAUCAAACUCUGGCUUACUGUUGGUGGCUCAGUGCAUUUUGCGCCUUGUUGCAUAUGCGCUUGUCAAUCGGAGACUUCUCAAGUCCGAUUAUUCUCGUAUUUUGUUUCAGUGUUUAAAAGAUUUCUUUUCUAUCUCUUCGGCGGUGGUGAAAGAUGUCAAAGCAGUCAAAACUACCUCUUGGUGUAGAUACGAAGAAGGUUCAGUUUUUAGUUUCAUAAUCCAAAGUUAUGUGAUUAGCGGGGAAUUGUUCACUUUAACUUAUGGAGCAUUAGUGGCUGAACUGCUUCGAGACUGUGGUAGUGCUGCAGAAGUAAACCGGCAGUUGGACAAGAUAGGUUACAAUAUUGGUUUACGUUUAGCAGACGACUUGUUAUCGAAAAAUCCACAGAUUGGGAGAUGUACAGAUAUUCAUCAAGUUGCAGAUGUACUAGCAAAAACGGCGUUACGGACGUACUUGGGCAUGUUUAUUGUAGUGCUAUAUUUAGGAGUGACCGCUCAGAUUACAAACUGGACUCCAGCUAGUGAUGAAUUUAUCUUAGUUAUGGAUUCUAAUCCGCUGACAGAAUUUGUAGAAGUCCCAGAAAACUUGGCGUCAGAGUUGAAGUAUUCACAAGUGAUAUGCGGAACGAUACGAGGGGCUCUUGAAAUGAUGCAUAUGGAGGUACAGACAUCAAUUGUAAGUGAUUUGAACCAAAAUACGGAAAUCCGAGUGAAAUUCAUUCGUAUUCUUCAUGAUACGAUACCGCCUGGAGAAGAGGACUAA